AUGUUUUCCUUGAUAAGUGGCCUUUGCCAAUCUUACUUGGAAAAGAAACAGUACCACCUGCUCCUGCUCGGUCUUGAUGGGUCGGGAAAGACCUCUCUGCUAGAACGCAUUCGCUUCGAGGCCUCCAAGACAAGCAGCAGCGAGAAGCGAACAGAGCAGGAGCUGCAGCUAAGUCUGCAGAAGAUUUCCUCCACGGUCGGGCUGAAUAUAGGAAGGAUCACUCUGAAGAGUGCCAAUGUGAUGAUUUGGGAUCUCGGAGGACAAGAGGCCCUGCGGGGCAUUUGGGACAAGUACUAUUCUGACGCUCAUGGUCUCGUGUGGGUCGUCGAUGCCUCAGACCCCUCCAGAUUCGAGGAGGCGCUGCAGACAUUGGAGGGUCUGCUGGAAGAGCCUGAGUUACAGGACGUACCCCUCCUCAUCUUCGUGAACAAGCAGGACAAGCAAGGCGCUGUCAAGCUUGAUGAAAUCCGCCAGAAAGCGCUUCCUCAGUCAGGGACUCUCAUGCACCAGCGCCAGCUCCGCAUUAUCUCUGUUUCGGCAUUCCAGGCUUGCUCCGGCUCGGAGGAGACCGUCAUGGACGGGAUGAACUGGAUGAUCGACAGUCUCAACAAACAGCCCAACUUUGAGCAUCGACGCUAG